CGCAAUACAAAUUUUUUUAUUGUAUAUUUAUUUCGUGCCGCUGCCAAACGACGUUUCGUGAAUUUUGCGUUCAAUUUUCAUAAGUUAGCAGACAGCAAAAAGUGCAAAAAGUUAAUUAAUUAAGAACAGAGUCGAUGACGUUUCGAGUGCAGUGAAUAACAGUGCAUUUAAUAAGCAGCAUUAUCGGAUUGCCAGCGUAGCACUAAAAUUCGCUGCCCUGCAACCUCCCCCCUCCUCUGCAGCAUAAAAGCUACCAACAACGAGAGAGAGAAAAAGAAAGAAAGAAAGAAACGUUUUGUCACGCUGAACUUUCAGCUUGCGUUGAUUUCUCUGUUGCUGUGGAAUUUUAACUGGACUCACAGACGUUGUUCAAACUAAAUAGGUGGCACUAUUCACCUUACCACAGCUGUGCUAAUUAAAGGGAACAGUGUCGUCCUGUGCCACAGUGCUGACAUCAAGUCUAUUGGUUUUUAAUCGAUUUUGCCGACUGUGUCGCUGCCGCGGAAGCAAAAGGAAAACAGAUUCUAACGGACUAGCUGGUAAAGCAUGGCCGAUUACUUUGAGGAAUUGGGACACACUCCCACAGGACCCGAGGGUGCCAAUGAUUUCGACCGCCAUUACCGCCGUCUCCAGGUGCUGGCCAUUAUGAACGGCAUUGAUAUGGAAAUUGAGGUGCCUGAGGCAUCCAAGCGUGUCAUAGAGGAGCUGCCCAUCCACGAGAUUACUGCCGAGGAGAUAAAUCCGGACUUUGAGUGCGCCGUAUGCAAACAACCGGCUGAGAUUGGCGACAAAUUCAAGGUGCUGCCCUGUAAGCAUGAAUUUCACGAGGAGUGCAUUUUACUAUGGCUUAAAAAGGCAAACUCCUGCCCCAUUUGUCGUUAUAUCUUUGAAACCGAUGACGAGGUCUAUGAGGAGUUACGCCGAUUCCGGCAGGAUGAGUCAAAUCGCCGUGACCGUCAAAGUGCUCUAAUGGAUUCCAUGUUCGGUUGAAACCCAAAAUUAUUUUCAUUUUGUAUAUUCUAUGGGUUUGGUCUUAUUUUGGUUUGUGUAAUAAAAAUAAAACAGUGUAAUUGCAA